AUCUCAGCGAAAUAGGAGUACUUUGAAUUCGUCUUUUUCACACUCAAGCUUCAAAUUCACUGGCAGGAAUCACGAUUUUGUCCCUAAAAGAUGGUGUGCGAUAAAUGUCAGAAAAAACUCGGGAAAGUGAUUUGCCCUGAUCCGUGGAAAUCUGGAGCAAGAAACACGACAGAGGGUGGAGGAAGGAAAGUCAACGAAAACAAGCUUCUCACACAGAAAAAGAACAGAUUUAACCCAUAUACAACCUUCAAUAAAUGCAGAAUCUGUAAACAGACUGUCCAUCAGGCACAUUCACACUACUGUCAAAGCUGUGCAUACAAGAAAGGAAUUUGUGCCAUGUGUGGGAAACAAGUCUUGGACACAUCAAAUUAUAGACAGACUUCCGUUUAAGAAAAAACGACUAAUUUUUACUUUUAUUGCUAAAUACAUGCUAAGCUGCAAGGUUGAUAACUCAGUGCCAUACCUUUAUGUACAUAACUGAAAAACAACAGCCAUUGUAGUAACACCAGUAAGCAACUGUACAAAUGUUUAUUGUCAGCGUAUUUUCUGGCUUUAUUAACCCUUUACAUUCCAACGUUAGUAUUGGUAUUCUCCGUACUGUUCUCUUUACAUUUCAAAAGGUACUGACUAGGAGAAUUUGUUAAAAAAUCAGGAACUUCUCAAAUUGGUGAUCAUUUCUGUUAUUCUCAUAACCUUUACAUGUGAUUCAAGGGUGAUAUUGUUAGGAGAAAUAAGAUGUUGGUCACUCUUAAGUGUCAAAGGAUUCAAGAGCUUCUUCAUUUGGUGAUCAUUUCCGUUAUUCUCAUGACCUUAAUGUGUGAUUCAAGAGGAUAUUGUAAGGAGAAAUAAGAUGCUAGUCACUCUUAAGUGUCAAAGGGUUCAAGAGCUUCUUCAUUUGGUGAUCAUUUCCUUUAUUCUCAUAACCUUAAUGUGUGAUUCAAGGGGAUAUUGUGAGGAGAAAUUAAACGCCAGUAAAAUACCCAAUUCUUGUUCCUUACAAAGUUUAAAGAACAUAGUAUUCAGUCCUAAGUUCAGUCCAUGAAAUUUUCUCAACUUGUAUGUAAAUAACUUCAGUUCUUUUUUUAACGGCACCUCGUUUAAAGAAGGUUUCGUUUAUGAAUUUACGUAACAAGGAAAAGUAGGCGUCAAUUUGACUGAGUAGGACUCUGUGCGUGUAUAUCCUGAAUUUUUCGAGUUUGCUCUUUAGAACUAAGGCGUCGCCAUAAUCGAUCACCCUUUUUCUUCUUGGGGCUGUAUUCAAUCUUCAUUGUUUGCUUUUCUUGACAAUCGGAUAUUUGACAGUUCUCUUACGUUUUAAAGGGAGUUUUGACGUACAUGUAGUUAACAGAGACUCGUAAAUACUUGUAACGUAAAUUCGUUUGAUUAAGUGUUUGUUACCGAAUCUUGUGUUCAGCUAUUGCCUCAUUCUUUUAUACGUGUUGACGUAGACGUUUCUCCUUGGCGUGGAGGGCGCGGCUACACGUGGGGUAAUUUCUUAAGAACCACAAGAUAGGAAGGCGUAUUGAAAAUGAUUCCAAAAGAGUAGAAAAAAUUAUGUUCCCGUUCACAAAAUGUAUUGGUAUUAAAAUAAUAUUUAUUAACCUUG